UCGCCAUUACCGACCUUUCAGUCCUUCAUAUCCCCAUUUCUCUGUCUCCUCCCUCGCCCACCCAAACCUCUCAAACCUCUCUCUUCUCUCUCUCUCUCUAGAAACCACAACUUUCUUUUUCUCUCUCUAGAAAACCUCAACCUCCAUAUACUUUCUAUCUAUAUCUCAAGAAAAAAAAAAAAAAUCAGAGAAGAGAAGAGGAGAGAUCGAUCGAUCUGAAGGAAUCUGAAUGAAAAAAAUGGCUCAGAGAACGGAGAAGGAAGAGACGGAGUUCAAGGUCCCCGAAACUCUAACGCACUGCGUUAACAACUGCGGCGUCACAGGCAAUCCCUCCACCAACAACAUGUGCCAGAAGUGCUUCAACGCCUCCUCAGCCACCACCACAGCAACCUCAUCUUCGGCUGUGACUUUGAAGUUUUCCGGCGAGAAAAGUCCGAGAUCUAGCUCCUUUAGCUUCGAGGCUCCGGCCGAGAUCACCCGCAGAACGACGGCGUCCGAGAUCGCGAGAUCGGACGAAUCGGCGAAUCGGCGAGUGGUAAACCGUUGCUCCGGAUGCCGGAGAAAGGUCGGGUUGACCGGAUUCCGGUGCCGGUGCGGCGAACUCUUCUGCUCCGAGCACCGGUACUCCGACCGCCACGUGUGCAGCUACGACUACAAGGCCGCGGGUCGCGAGGCCAUCGCGAGAGAAAACCCCGUGGUCAAGGCCGCGAAGAUCGUCCGGGUUUGAUAAUUAAAUUUGUAGAAAUGAAACCAAAAACAUUUCUGAAUUUUCUCGGGAAAAUUAAAAUUAAUUCUCGAGAAAGUUUCAGAGGAAAUUUGUGCUCGAUUAUCAUGGCGUCUCUCUCUCGGAGAUCAUCACCGAUGGUUUAGAUUGAGGGAAACACUUUUAGGAGCAGACGAGACGACGGAGAGAGAGAUCGCUUCGUUACUGAAGAAAAUCAAAUUCUCUCUGAUAAUUAUUUUUUUUAAUUUUAUUGUGUUUUCUUUUCUUUGGGCUUGGAAAAUGAUAAAAUUAUUGUGAUUUACGAUAUUCGAUGUGUUUGUUGGUAAUAGUUGGUGUUCAGCUUUUUCUGGUU